AAAGCGCAGAAUAACAUUGGAUUAACUUUGCUAUAAGUUCACAUAUAGGAGAGAUGCACACUGAAACCGAGUGUUGCCCAGCUCGUUUCCAUUUGAGAGCCAAGUGCUCAACCCAAAGAAUACCAAACACUUGGGGUCGGAACGUAUCACGAUGCCAAAGUCAGUUGUCUCAGGAGGUCAGAAUACUCAAUAUACUUCCAGGGCGGCAGUGAGAGUCGGUCCCCAAAGUCAACCCACAAAAAAAAGUACAUGCCAAUGGUACAUGAAUCAUGAAUACAAAUCCUCAAUGCAGUGAGAGCUUCUUUCGAACAAUUUGUUUGUAAGAACUCUUUUUGGAUGAAAUUGCACUUCAUUAUCCAGGUUCUUACCCUAUUCCAACAAGUCCUCAAUUGCAGAAAUUCAGUGUUUUAUGUGCUCUAUGGUCUUGAAUCCAAAUCAAACUCAUAUUUUGGUAUUGAACCAUCUUUGACGUCUAUUCAAUCAUAUUGCCUUUAAUGAUCCAUCCAAAUACAGCUUUCCACACCUGUCAGGUGAGGGUUAUUAGAUUUUAUGUCAGCUCCCUUCCUCCUCCGCCUCCCUCCUUCUCCGCCACCGCUCCUCCGCCAGCUCCGCUUGGCAGUGUUCCCUGCCGGACCUCAACCGUGAGCUCCGGCUGCGUUCCCCGCCGGGCCUCAACCGAGAGUUCCGCUUGGCAGUGUUCCCCGCCGGACCUCAACCAGCACACAACCACAAGCACAAUCACAGACACACGAUCACAAACACACAGCCACAAACUCAACCACACACGCAAGCACAACCACAAGCACACACAACCACAACACACAGCCGCAGCACACAACCACAACACGCAACCAAAAUCACAGCACACAACCCAAGGACCCACAAGCAAAGUUGAGAACCACGAGACUCACGACCAUGGCAACAUGCUCCUCACCAUGGCAUGAAAAAUUAUUGACGUGUCAUGGAGGGAUCACUCGAAGUAGAGUAAUUAUGAGUAAUUUGCUUGUUGCUUCACCAUGGUACAAGCAGUCCAAUUUAGACGAUUGAGUGAAUCUGGAGAGCGCCUAGGACCUAGUUACCUAGUUGUAUGUCAAGACUGUCCAGACACGGGUCUAAAUCAUUGUUGAAGGUGUCUGUUCUUUUUGGUGCAGGCGAGCAGCGGGAAGUACAGCAACACAUCGACUCCUCUAAAAUGGACAACAUCAAUCAAUAGGGUCAAAGCUCUGAGUAAUCCAAAAGUUUGACACCAGGACACAUUUCAUUCAUUCAGACCACAUAGCUACUGAUCAUGCAGUCUUUCUCUGGACUAGUCCAGACCUGACUAUUGAUGAACAAUUGGAGGAGUCCAGGCUGUCAGCGGUGCAAAUAAGUUUGCUCGGAAUGUUUGAGAAACACAGCUAGCAUUCCAGAAGGAAGUGCAGCUGCACACUUUUGCAAAUGACCAGAUGGCUUCUGGGAGGCAGUUUCUCGACUUUACACCUGUCUCUACAGCGCUGAAAUGGUCAGGAUUCAAUUGCAUCGAACCCGUACUUGUCAGACAAGUACCAAAUGCUCAAUUACGCCAGGAAAAUGACUCCUGAGGAAAUAGAAAUGAUGCGCAACACAUCCCUUGGCACCAGAGUGGUGGAAGGAUGCACAAUGCGAGCGGCAUUGAGCGGGGUUGGUGGAGCUGGCUUAGGUUUGCUAAUGGGCGGCUUCAUGCACGCUAUGCAGCCACCGCCAGACAUUGACACGUCCCUUUCCACCAUGGAGCAGAUCCGGCAGUCAUACAAAGGUUUUGGUCAAGCUUGCGUACGGAUGUCGCGGAACUUUGCAAAGGUGGGUGUUGUCUAUGCGGGAUUGGAAUGCUAUCUUGAACGCGAGCGAGCAGCACGUGACUUGCCAAAUGCCAUCCUCUCAGGCUGUGCUGCUGGAGGAGUUCUUGCAUUUCAGGGUGGCCCAUCUGGCAUGGCUUUGGGAUGCCUUGGCUUUGCAGCAUUUUCAGCAGUCAUAGAGAGCGUCAUGGACCACUGAAGUGCAUCCUUCAACGAAGCUAUGCUCGUUCAACGAAUUUGUAGAAAAACUUUGCAAACGGAUUUGUGCAAAAGGUUGUGUUGUG